AUGAGUAGAAGACAAAAGACAGAUUCCAGUGAAUGGGACUUAGAAGAGGUCGACGUACCGAAAGAGGUCGAGGUGCCACCAGAAAUCACUAUACCUGUUGUGAAACCUUUGGUGAAUGUCGAAGAAUUGAAAAAACAAAAACAUCGAGAGUUUUUGCAAAGACAAGAAAGAAGAAACAUUAAACAACUACAAGCACAAUUGAGAGAUUAUGAAUCCAGAACAUUAUCAGAAGCUGAACACAAAGAAUACCUUCGAUUGAAACAAAUCCAUGAUGUCAUUGAAGCCGAACCUGUUCAACAAUAUGAAUUACCAUCCGAUUACUUAACCCUGGAGGGUAAGAUCGAUAAUAAACGUAAGAUAGAAGCUUUGAACGCUAAGGAUGACCCUAAAAAGAAGAAGUUUGAUAAUCUGUGGGAGACUGAUCAAUUAAGGAAAGCCAAAUCGCUAGUUCAUGGGAAUAUAGAUGAAAUCACUGUAGAUUCUAAUCAGUAUGAAUAUGUAUUUGAUGAGUCCCAAUUCGUAGAGUUCGAUACUCAAACUUCAGGCAAUCAAUUACCAUCAGAGGAAGUUAAACCCACUAAAAAUCAACUCAUCGACGAUGUAAGAAAAUCAUUACCUGCUUAUCAAUAUCGUCAAGCAUUUUUGGAUAUAGUCCAACAGAACCAAAUCGUAGUGGUUGUAGGUGAAACUGGGUCAGGUAAGACUACACAAUUACCACAAUAUCUUUAUGAAGAAGGGUAUUGUGAGACUAACCAGGGUAAAAAGAUGAUUGGAUGUACUCAACCUAGAAGAGUGGCUGCGACAUCUGUUGCAACUAGAGUUGCUGAUGAAAUGCAUGUAAAGUUGGGUCAGGAAGUUGGGUAUAGUAUAAGAUUCGAAGAUGAAACCAGUUCCAAGACUGUUAUAAAAUAUCUCACUGAUGGUAUUUUGUUGAGAGAGUUCCUCACUGAUCCUGAUUUAUCUAAUUAUUCGGCAUUAAUCAUUGAUGAAGCACAUGAAAGAACCAUUUCAACGGAAAUUUUAUUGAGUCUCCUAAAAGAUGUUACCAAACAACGUCCAGACUUGAAGCUUAUUGUAGCUUCAGCGACUAUCAAUGCCGAAAAAUUCUCAUCAUUCUUUGAUCAAGCACCUAUCUUCAAAAUCCCCGGUAGAAGGUUCCCUGUUGAUAUUCAUUACACAAAACAGCCAGAAGCAAAUUAUAUCCAAGCAGCCAUCAAUACUAUUUUCUUGAUCCACACUAAAAAACCUUUAGGUGGUGACAUCUUAGUAUUUCUUACCGGUCAAGAUGAAAUAGAAACCAUGCAAGAAAGUUUAAUGGAAGCUAAAAAUUCCCUCAGUUCGUCUGUGGCUGAACUCAUAAUAUGUCCAAUCUAUGCCAACUUACCCAAUGACCUUCAAAAAAAAAUCUUUGAACCAACACCUCCAAAUGCUAGGAAAGUCGUGCUUGCAACCAAUAUUGCAGAGACUUCCAUCACUAUUGAUGGUAUAAAGUAUGUGAUAGAUUCAGGAUAUGUGAAAGAAAAUGUAUACAACCCAUCCACUGGUAUGGACAGUUUGGUUGUAGUGCCAUGUUCCCAAGCUUCAGCAGACCAAAGGGCCGGUAGAGCCGGUAGAGUGGGACCAGGAGAAUGUUUCAGAUUGUACACUAAAUGGUCAUUUUCCAAUGAACUAUUAAAGAACCCUACACCUGAGAUUUUAAGAGGGAACCUUAUAUCCACGGUGCUACUACUUCUUUCCCUUGGAGUCAAUGAUUUGGUCAAUUUUGAUUUCAUGGAUCCUCCUUCUUCUGAGACUUUAAUCAAAUGUUUGGAGUUAUUGUAUGCCAUAGGAGCUUUAAACUCCAAAGGACAAUUGACUAAAACCGGUAGAUUGAUGUCAGAUUUCCCAAUUGAUCCGUUAUUCUCCAAAUGCUUGAUAAGUAGUCAGAACUUUGGUGUCAUAGAAGAUAUCAUUAUUAUUAUAUCCAUGUUAGGUGAAAGUUCAAGUCUUUUUUACCGUCCGAAAGAUAAACGUGAUGAAGCUGAUAAGAAGAAACAAUCAUUUACUGAUAGUAAUGGAGACCAUCUCACAUUACUCAAUGUGUGGAAUCAAUGGAAAGAUACAGAAUUCUCAUCCUUAUGGUGUCAGGAUAAUUUCAUUCAAUACAAGACUCUUAAAAGAGUUAAGGAAGUCAAAGAACAAUUAACAUCAUUAUGUACCAAAAACGGUAUCAACAACACUAUCACAUCACCCGAACAUGAAAAAACUGUUAUGAUCUUAAAGGCUAUCACUGCAGGAUUCUUUCCUCAUAUAGUCAGAUUAUCCAAAAUGGGAGAUUCCUAUAGAUCCAUAAAAAAGAAUCAACCAGUUUACAUUCAUCCGUCGUCAGCAUUGUUCCCUAUAAAGCCACCUCCAAAGUUAUUACUUUAUCAUGAAUUAGUAUUAACAUCAAAGGAAUACAUGAGAAACUGUAUGAUAGUUCAACCUGAUUGGUUACAAGAAAUAGCACCCCACUAUUUUUCCGACAAAGAUCUUGAAAGCAUUUCAUCCAAACCCAUAAAUAGAUUUAAAUAG